AUGGUGAAUCAUAUUCUCACUGUUCCGAUAGGGAAACAUGAGCAUGAGGAUUAUCCUAUUUGGGCUAAAUCUGAAGAUGGAAAAUUCUCCACCAAAAUAGUUUAUCAGAAGAAAGUAACCAUAGCUCUCAUGAUAUUUUGUUCCAAAAAAUGCCAUUGUUGUAAUGCUCCAAAAUGUGAAACUCUUCAACAUGUUUUUAUUGAUAGUGAUCUGGCUGUUAAGUUGUGGAAUGAUUUUGGUGGCCCUCUAGGUAUCUUUCACCAUAAAAGGCCUAUUAGAGCGGUACUGCAAGGAUGGUUUGGUACUAUACCAGUUAACAUGGUACAUAAAAUGAUCUUAAAUAUUACUCCUUUGGCUAUAUGUUGGGAGGUAUGGAAAGGAAUUACUUCAUGUAAAUAUGGAGACAAAAAGAAGAUUGCGUAUAGUAGAGUAUACCAUAACACCUUUUGGAUCCUUAGAACAACUCUAAAAUUGGCAUUUCCCAGCUGUGAUUGGGAUCAGCCUUGGCAUAAAAUCUGUGAGUUAGUCGAAAGGCUCAGACAUAAUCCUAAAACCUUGAUUGUUCUAUGGGAGUUACCCCCUGAAGGUAAAGUUAAACUUAACACUAAUGGGAGCGUCCUUCACUCUUCUGGUUUAGCAGGUAUGGGAGGCAUUGUCAGAGAUUGCAGGGGGAAUAUGAUAGUGGCCUUUGUAGUUCCUAAAAGAUGCAGCAGUAACAAUUUGGCUGAAGCUCAUGCAGCCAAAUAUGGUUUGGAAUGGUGUAUUCAACAUGGGUUUGGUGAUAUCGUUUUAGAGAUUGACUCUCUAAUAAUUGCCAAUAUGCUUAUCAAAGACACCGUGGAGAACUGUAAACGUAAAGCUAUCAUUCAACAAACUAAGCAGAUGUUAUGUCAAGCAAAUGUAGAAGUUAGACACUGCUGGAGAGAAGCCAAUCAAGUGGCAGAUGGCCUAGCAAAACAUGCAAAUACUAUACAGGAGGGCAGGAUUCUUUUUGCAUUUCAAGAUCUUCCGAGAGAUGCUAAAGGAGCAUACCACUUAGAUAAAUGGCAACUACCUAGUAUGAGAAUAAGAUAUGAUAAGGCAAAUUUUUAUGUUAGUUAA